GCAGCUCUACUGGUCCAGCUUCUCGUGCCUUUUACUCUUACAUUGUUUUUUAGAAUGCAUCAAGUGAUUUCCCAGGCCAGUUCUCACAUGCAUCUGCAAGUUUUCUGCAGUGAUUAAUGGAAUUAGAAGAUGGACUCCAUGUUGUUCAAUGUGCUCUUGUUUUUCCUGUUUUGCUCCUUCCGCAAAGGGAUUUCUCAGAUGCCUGAGUGGAACGGAGAGCUGGAAGUAAGUGGUGAGACAGAAUCGAUUCCCCAACCAGAGCUUAUAGAUGACACCUACUGGUCCGGGUCAGCACCCCUUUGUUUAGGAGGGUGUAAGGCCCGUCACGAGGAGCUUAGGAAAGAUCCCUGUGGAAACUCUAGCUGCUGCUGGAUUGGCUACAAGUCCCUCUGCAGAGUGAACUGCGGGAGGCCUGAUGUGGAGUAUAAUGGAGUAGUUUACGGUAAUGACUGGUGGGUGGGUUCUCUGGUGAGGUACGUGUGUCGCUCUGGCUUCAUGCUCGUGGGAAGCCCCACCAGAUCAUGCCAAAUCAAUGGCCUUUGGACCCCGAAACCCACCUGCCUCAGGAUGUGUCAGCGGGGAAGCAUUGAAGUCAGGGAGAGCGAACUGAACGGAACGUGUAACUCCACCUGUGAGAACAAGAGCUACUUCGGCCCGCCCAAACUGGGCUGCUCUCUGAUAAACAACUGUAAGAAGAAGGAGACCGGCUGGAAGAGGUUCUUCUCGCAGUGUGUUCCUUGUAUUUGUGACUGUGCUUUAUCAUGCGGUGAGGAACUUUUGAUGUAAUCACUUCAGUCAGUUUUCUCUGCACAAUUGGACCUGAAAGCACUUCAUUAUUGCUUUGAUGAACACUUCUGCUCUUUUUUUUAUAUAUAUAUAUUUUUUAGCAACUGCAGGCUAAUCCUGAGAGGCACUUCAGACAAAGAGGAGAAAGUCUUCAUCCAAUUUCAUGGACAAAUCAGAAAAAAAUAUAUAUUAAAAGAUAUUAUUUUUUCUCCACUGGCAAACCAGCAUUUUUUCUUUUGUUUUCUUGGAUGAACUUAGGUUGAUGCCUAAGGUUUCAAAAGAAGGGGUGAAUUUGCUUGUAAAGGUAAUAAAGAAAAGGAAGCUGUGAAGAUAAACCACGGAGAUAAUACUGGGAGCUUCACCGGUCCUCCUCUCAGUCCAUCUGUUCUGCAAGGAGCUAAAACACUAAUCUCGUUACUAAGGGCAGAUCAGCAGUCAGAUGCCUGUCGUAACCUUGUUAUACACAGGUACUAGCAUGUGUGUGCUUUUUAUUUACUCAUUGUGAAAACAAAAUUUUUGUGUGUGUGUGUGUAUAUAUAUAUAUAUAUAUAUAUAUAUAUAUAUAUAUAUAUAAUAUUUUGUGUUUUGCUGAUGACACUUGUAAAUACAUCUAACAUCAAAUGAUGAAAACCUGUUUAAUAUUUUCUCCUUUCUGUAUAUUUCUCUGCAAACUACUUGAGCGUAGUUUCUCAACCUUUCAGAUUGAAUAUGUACCUUUCAAGAAUGAUUUUCUGCUAAAAAACCA